GUGGGGGUGUUGCUGCUGGGGCCAGAGGAGGGACGCGCCGGAGCCGGGCCGCCGGGACUGAGCGAGCGACAGACGCGCCACCCGCCGACGCCGCAGCUGCUUGGGGCCCGCAGGACCCUCUGUCUGAGUGUAGAAUGAGCCAAGGAGACUCAAACCCAGCAGCCAUUCCACAUGCAGCGGAAGAUAUUCAAGGAGAUGACAGAUGGAUGUCUCAGCACAACAGAUUCGUCCUCGACUGUAAAGACAAAGAGCCUGAUGUACUGUUUGUGGGGGACUCCAUGGUGCAGUUAAUGCAGCAAUAUGAGAUAUGGCGAGAGCUUUUUUCCCCACUCCAUGCACUGAAUUUUGGAAUUGGGGGAGAUACAACAAGACAUGUUUUGUGGAGACUAAAGAAUGGAGAACUGGAGAAUAUUAAACCUAAGGUCAUUGUUGUCUGGGUAGGAACAAACAACCAUGAAAAUACGGCAGAAGAAGUAGCAGGUGGAAUCGAGGCCAUUGUACAACUUAUCAACACAAGGCAGCCACAGGCCAAAAUCAUUGUAUUGGGUUUGUUACCUCGAGGUGAGAAGCCCAACCCUUUGAGGCAAAAGAAUGCCAAGGUGAACCAACUUCUCAAGGUUUCCCUACCGAAGCUUGCCAAUGUUCAGCUCCUGGAUAUAGAUGGGGGCUUCGUGCACUCGGACGGUGCCAUCUCCUGCCACGACAUGUUUGAUUUUUUGCAUCUCACAGGAGGGGGCUACGCAAAGAUCUGCAAACCCCUCCAUGAACUGAUCAUGCAGUUGUUGGAGGAAACACCUGAGGAGAAACAAACCACCAUUGCCUGACUGGCUCCCAUCAGUGUUAAUAGCAUCCCAGCUCCCUCAGAUCAGUUAUGUCACUGGCACUACAGAAUCCUUCUCUUUCUUAAGGCACUUUGCAUUGUAGAAUGUUCCUGGAUGUUCAUAUCUAGUGUUUGAAGGGGAGGAAGGAUUUAAAUUGGUUCUGUACAUAGAAAGUUUUGUUUGACACAGGAGAAAAAUUAGCCAAGGAAGAUUGUUUAAAUUCAUUUGAAACCAGAAGGGGACUUUUUAGUUGUAUGUGUGACACAUUUGUUGAAUUAUCACUGUUUUUCCUAGGACAACAUCAAGCCUAAGUACUGAACAAAAUGAAGAUUCUUUUCUUGGCCUUUCUUUCUGUGGAUUAUGUCAUAUAUAAUAAUGAUCAGAAUCACACCUACUUGGCUUUAAAACAUGUUUUUGUUUUUGUUUUCCAAGUUUUUAAGGUUCUUAAUUUAGCCUUUUGUUUUUGUUUAGCUUUACUUAUAUGUAUUCUCAGUGUUUUAACAUACAGCAUCAGCUUGGACAUACUUGUCAUUCAAAUGUGGGAGAUGCUAUAGUUACAAGUAAAUUUGUUCCACUCUCGUAGUCUUUCCCAGGCUUAGCAGUGAAAAAUAGGUUUUGCCCCAAUUAGGGGACUCUGUGGAGGGUAUUAUUUUUAUGCUGCUGAAUAUCAUGUCUAUAAUAGACCCAUGCAUGCAGCUUUUCUGCCCUAUUUUUUGGUCCUUGUUGACAUUACAAGCUUUUAACACAUUUUUGACCAAGGAGCUCUGUUGCUGACCAAGGAGCUCUGUUGCUGGAAGUGUAAGUCCCCAGCCAGUUACUCUCAUGAUGAUAUUACUGAUGUGUGAUUCAUUCUUGUGUGGUGUCCUGUGCUCUAGCGUUUGUAGUGCUAUCUACAUUCAGAGUUCUGGUCUGUUUUGUUUGUUUUUCCUUUAAAACCUGUUACAGUUUCCUUUUUUUGGGAAAAAAAAUCAGAACUUUUAUUUUCCAUUCCAUAAGCCCUGCCCUUAUUUCAAGUUUACUAGUGUCUUAAGGUGUAUAUUUUAUUUUUUUUAUUGGCCUAGUUUUUAAAUUAUAUCAGUCUAGAAAAAUUUGGCCUUUUCUUAUGGGGAAACAAUGAAGCUGCUCUUCAUGAUAAGACAUUCUACUUGAUCCCACCAGCUUAGUAAAAAAUAACUAGGUUUGUUUAACUUUCAAGAUUUCUCCUUAAUGUGUCUUCAUCUGAAAAUUUCUGCAAGAGAGCUCUUUAUAAUCUUAAUGCAUUGAGCUACAAGAACUGCCAUUUUUACAAUAAGGGACAAUAGAUGGUUUAUUGUUCAAUAUACCUAUGAAAUAUGUACAAACUGGAUCUGCAAACAAAUAUUUUCAACUGGACCAGGUGGGUAUUGAAGUAAACCAUCCAAAUGUGCUCUACAAUGAGUCUGCUUAACGUUCAAGUUUAAUAACUAAGGCAUAUGUUUUAUGUUUUGCUUGCAAGGCCAGUAGCAGUGCUUUUGUGUGUUGGAGGGGGUUGCUGACUCAUGCUGAGAGCCACUUCUGAUUGAGAGGGAUAGAACUUGGGCUGAUUUGUUUUCUUGUUAAGCCUCUUUUUAGGAACUAUUUUUGUUUUUGCUUUUUGUCUUUUAACAAAAAAUACAUACUUUUCUGAAUGUAUCAUGUCUUCAUUAACAGGAAAUACACGUGUUUACUAAACUUUUUACUGUAUUAAAAUUUCCUUUUUAUUUUUAGUAGCCCAGGUUCUUGAAUUUUUCAAGACAGAUUUUUUUUUUUCCCCCUUAGCUGAGUUAUAGUUCUUGGGAGAGGAAUUAAUGAAGCCAUGAUUUUGUGUGUGAAAAGACAGUUUCCUAUCCAGGUCUUCUGUUUGUCAGAGGGUGGGAUUAUGGUCCAAACACCCAUUAGGUUACUCCGGCAGCAUAGGCUUUGAGCUUCUUUUAACUAAGGAUUAAUAUCCUUUUGUGAACUGACCUUCAGCUCCUUUGCUUAUGUGUAUAAACCUCGGAUAUUACUACAUUUUCUAUCUACCAGAGCUAUCAAGCAAUAGUAUUUGAAUCACUGUCCCUUUAAGUGAAAGUCUGCCCCAUUGCUAAUGUGCAGAUGUUGAGUCUGCUUUCAUUACUUGCCAGCUUUCUUAACACUGCUUUAGGCAAAAAGUGUUCAUCUAUUUUUCUUUUAUUGACAUCCCAGUUUGCUACAGUGACAGAACUUAAUGCUUAAUCUUUGGGUUUAUAUAUAUAUACACACACACACACACAUGCAUUUAUAUAAAUUUAAUGCAUUGUCCAAGUGAAAUAUCCUAGUUGUCAUUGUGAUUAAGGGGCCAACUUUCCAGGCAGCUAGCAGAGGUAUUAUUCUGUUCCUCUCCCAGCACAUUUUAAUUCCUUUGGCCACCCAUUUCUGCUACAUUAGGUGGCAGCUGGUGAUGGCACUAUAAAGAUUUCUGUGGUCACACCUGGAAUGUGGCAGGUGGAAGAUGCACUGCCAGGGGUGAUCUAGGGCCUGUUGUUUUGCUGCCCACAAUAGACUGCCAUGGGCAGUGCUCUGGCUGCCAACUUGGGUCUAUUUGUUGAGGGCAUCUGCCUAAACCUGAAUCUUCUGUCAAAAACCUUAACACAACAAAACAAAUGUUGAGUAGCUUAUGCCCUGGUCUUAAGAAUUCUCUCUUGUUAAAAUUCCAACUUUCUUUUUAAUUUUUUUUAACCUAGUCACUGUUUACAGGUGUAUGCUAAAGCCUGAAAUGCUGUUUGUGCUGUGUAUGAGCAUUGCCAGUUUUAUAUUUAUUACAGUGAAGAAGAAACUAAAAAUAUUUGAAAAUGUGGAGCAUGUCCAUGCUCCUAAAUCUCUGGGUGCAUGUGGGAGAAGUGAGUUGGGGUCUCUUGGAAGGAGGAUUUUUGGAGUGGGGUCUCCCAGGCUUCUCCUUGGUGUUCCUACUUGGGGAUCACUGCUGCUAGCUGAUGGAACUCCCCCUCCCCCCCAACGGAAGUUUGUGAUUCUGCUUUGGCAAAGUUUCAUUAACUAGUAGAUCUCAUUCUGUUUUAGUGCAUAUUUCAAUAUAAAUGUAAACAUUUCACUCAAA